AUGUUUGCACAGGGUAGCACGAGCUCGCCUUUCCGCUCUUCAGGCCAGCAAGGCCUCUUCUCGACGCCUCAGCAGCCGUCCGCCUUUGGUCAAUCCUCAUCGACGACUGGGUACGGAGGGUACUCCUCCACGUCCUCCUCGACUCCGAACACCUUUGCCGGACCGCAGUUCGGCGGAGGGAACCACGGCGCAGCUUAUGGCGGCCAGUUUGGUGGCGCGGGAGCGGGUGUGGGAGGAGGAGGAGCGGGAGGAGCUGGGUACGGGAGUCCCUUUGGCGGCGCGGGAGGGAUGCAGAGCUCGACGAGCGGCGCAACGGGAACGCCAGGUGCUAAGCGGAGCUAUUUGCCGGGCUACUUGUCUGGAGGUGUCGCAGCCCAACAAGCCGAGUCGACUCCGCCUCAGUCGGGUGCGGAUGAGCGGAUGUGGGACUCCCCCGCGCGACGGACGUCUGUCUCGGGAUCGCCAGCCGCUCGCUUUGGCGGAGGAAGCCUGUUUGGCGGACGAGAUGUCGGCACCCCGUCCAAGUCGCCCAAGUUCACGCCGUACACUGCGCCGCCGCGAGCGACUGCUUACCGGCAAGAGGUCGAGGAAGACGCUCCGCCUGUCGCCUUGCUGAACGAGUUCGAGAGCAGCGAUCAGCCAGGAUUACAGGUGGACUCGUCGAUGAACGGCUUGCGACGCUCCCCUUCCAACGACCCGACCGCCUCACCCUUCGCCUCUACCUCCGCUCCGCUCCACUCUUCCCCCUCUUCCACCGAAGGCUACGCCGUCAACGUCUUUGGCUUCCCCGCCUCGGCUACGGACCUCAUCCUCGACUUUUUCUCGCAAUUCGGCGACAUCGUCUCAAAGACUCCGUCGACGGAGGGCGGCAACUGGGUGACGAUUAUCUAUGCUCAGCCAUGGUCUGCUGCACGGGCAGUGCGAAAGAAUGGCGAGGUCCUCGGCGGUGUCCUGAUGGUCGGCGUCAAGGCGGUCGACGAGGACGGCUUGCGCCGCGCGCUUGCGGGCGGCGAGGGAGGUAACGAGGUCGUUCCGUCGUCGCAGGGCCCGCAGCGGACGCACACGCCGGUCAGCACAUCGACCCCGUCUGGCGUCGGCCGCCCCGUCAACGUCCUCGGUCCGCAAUCCGCCUUCAAGACUGUGCCCACGCCCACGCGCAAGGGCUUCCUCGGCCUCGGCAGUACCGGCGGCGCUUCGACGGCCGCGACGGGCGGUACGGACGCGCAUGCGAGCCUGUUUGCGGAGAAGAGCAAGCAGGCUGUGCUGGCGCAGCAGCAGCAGGGUCAGGGGCAGAAGGGCGUGCUCGGGCGGGUGUCGGACCUCGUCUUUGGGUGGUAG